ACACACAGAUGUACAGGAGUGUGUUUUACGCGUUAAAGAAGUUUUCACAAUCAUGCAUUAUGCAUUUAAAAGCGUUUUUAAAAGAUAAAUAGGCUAAAGAAAAAGUGACGUUCACGUUGUAAGAAAUUGACAGAUCGACAUGAUCAGAUGAUUGCAGCCUUAUUCCUUACCAACGUUUUGCAUAUUUAGAUUGUGUUCCAUGUAAGUUACAUCGAGGGUUAACAUCAGAGAUACAAAUGACGCAAAAUGAGUCGAGCAAAGAGAAACACUAUAAAAACUUAUGGCAGACACAGACAAAGGGUCAUAGCUGCAGACAUUUGGAGUUCUGAUGACGAGAAAAAAACAGAGUUGGGUGCUGGCGUUUUUAGCAGUAGCAGCUCUCAUGGAUCAAGCCUGGAUUUCUCAAACCAGGACACUAUAAAUGACAGUUUGUUUAGUGGACCAAUAACCAGAAGCACAAAGAAAAGCUUGAGAGGUUAUAACAAAGAGAAUGCAGGACGUAUGACUAACAAGAGGCUGCUCCAGAAAAAGCUUGGCUCUGAAGGGGAUAGCUGUUCCAGUACAGGAAGUGACAGCCUUUUCCAAUCACGUCGACCAAGGAGAGCUCUAAAAGACAGGAACUACAAGGAAGAGCCAGUGGAGGACAAACCUAAAUACGGUGGCAAACGAAAGCGAGCCCCCAAAACGGAAGAACUUCAGACCAAUCAGAAGUCAGACUCUCUUUCCUCUGUGACAAACUUCAGCGAGUUUGAUGACUAUAGUCUUGUGAUCUCAGGGUCCCCCGCUCAGAAUAACAGUCAGCUCAAGAAUGGUGGAAUAUUUUCCCCACGUUAUUUACGAAGUAAAAGUAAAAUAGAAACUAGUACCCCUUGUGCCAAGCGGACAUGUUCAGCAAACGACAUCAAUAAUUUAUCAAUUAUUGACCAUGUCGAUGAAGAUGUGCCAUCAUCACCAUCUGUUCAUAUGGAACAAAGCUCUUAUGCUCAUGACCGUGUUUCAAAUGUGCCAUCAUGUAAUAUAUCGGAUUCCAGCAAUACCAGUAAAUCAGCGUUAAAGAAUUCCAAGAAUGAAAGUCCCGUUAACCCAUGCAUAGUACAACUUGAGAAAUUAAGACAGAGUUUUCUGUCCAUGCAUGUGUCUCAUCGGACCUCAAAACAGUCAAAUUUUAAUCAUUCAGACAGUCUAUUUAGUAGCUUUGACGAGAAAAAUUCUUUAAAAUGUGUGACUGCAGAAUCUAAAUUAGAGGGUUCAGAAUCUUUAGAAGAUGAUGAAAGUGACAAUGAUUCGGAGGAAGAAGAAGAGGAUACAGAAGAAAAUUCUGAUGAGAAUUUAAGUAAGAUUAGUGAAGAAGAUAAUGAUGAAGAAAGUACGGAAAACAGCGAAGAGGAGGAGCAGGAGGAUGAAGGGGAGGAUGAGAGGAACGUAACGAAGUUCAUGCUGGCCAGUUCUGGAGAUGACAAUUUCUUCACUGCUCACUUAUCUCUCUCUUCCAGUGGAGGUUCUGAUGUGCCAGUCAGUGGAGAAGAUCCUGAUAUGUCAAUUAAUGAGGGUGGUCCUGACAUGUCAGUCAACAGGAGUCUGCUCAAUAGAUCCCACUUUGAUAUCUUGACCCCACAGAGGAAAAAGAGUCUAACCCCAACCUCUCCCUGCUCCAGAGUUUUGGAAGUGUGCCAACAGAAGGAUAUAGAAACAUUUCAAUCCUGUAUAAGUAGCACUAUGAUGAGGCAGUGCAAAAAGGUUGGGGAGGGCGUAUAUGGAGAGGUUUUCCGGACAAAAAGGGGAAAUAACUCUGUAGCCCUAAAGAUUAUUCCAGUUGAGGGGGAUUUUGAGGUCAACGAUGAGAAACAGAAAUCAUUUGAUGAGAUUUUACCAGAAAUUGUUAUUUCUGUAGAAUUGAGUUUGCUAAGAGAGAAUGAUAUGUGCUACACACAGAACUUUUGUGAAGUCCAAAGGGUUUCGUGUGUAAAAGGAAGAUAUCCAUCUAAGCUUUUAAGUGAAUGGAAUACAUUUCAUGAUGAAAAGGGUUCAGAAAAUGAUAAUCCAGAUAUGUUUAAGGAAGAUCAGUUAUUUAUUAUGUUUGAGUUUGCUGAUGGAGGGAAGGACCUAGAAGCUGCUCAGUUCAACAAUAUCUUUGAGGCCAAGAGUGUGUUUGAACAAGUGAUGUUUUCCCUGGCAGUCGCUGAGGAGGCUCUCCAGUUUGAACAUAGAGAUCUUCACUGGGGAAAUGUAUUGGUCAAGAAAACAGGGGUCAAAGUUCAUGAGUACGUUGUGCUUGGACAGACAUUCCAAGUGGAAUCACAUGGAGUCCAUGUCAGCAUUAUAGAUUUUACCUUGUCUAGGCUUGAUAAAGAUGGCUGCACUAUCUACACUGAUCUCUCCACGGAUGAGAGCCUAUUUGAAGGAACAGGAGAUUAUCAAUUUGAUAUUUACAGGAAAAUGAGGGAGCUUAACAAAAAUGACUGGAAGGCAUUUCAUGCCCAGACCAAUGUGUUCUGGCUACAUUACUUAGCAGAUAAACUUAUCAGGGGAAAACGCUACAAACGUAACACAAAGAAGGACCAGACCCUACUGAGGAACUUCAGGAACUUUUCCAAGGACAUUUUAGAUUAUACUAGUGCAUGUGAUAUGAUUGUCUCAGCAGAUUUCUUUUCAUCUUGACUUCAUGGAGAAAAAUUAUUGAAAAUGGCAGCAUCACCUUUAAAUGUCAACAGUUUUAAUGUAUGGGGAUACAUUGUAGUAUCUAAGGUUUUAUCUUUUAUGUAAUAGAGAAUUUUAUCCUAGUCUGUUAAAAAACUCAGGUGUACAUGAAUAAAGGAAAUUGCAAGAAGUUAUGAAAUGAAACUUCUCUGUUAUUAAAGCUCCAAUGUGAAGGAAUUUUUAAAAAAAUUUUUAUACUACAUGUAAAUUUUUUUUUACUGAAAUACAUGUACAGUAU